GUAUCGCGCCUCUCUGUGCUGUUCCCUCCCCGCCGAGGCACUGGCACGGCACGGACUGCGACGUCCCUCCUCUCCUCCUUCUUCUUCCACCUUCCCUCCCUCCCUCCACCCCACUCGUGACUGACUGAGCUGAGCGCUCCCGCUAGACUUGAGCCUGAGCGCACGCGACGACGCAGGGGAGCAGUUACGCGCCCGAUUUAAUGCCCUGCUGAAUGCAGAGCAGUUUCUUCGCUUGCUUGAGCUGCCCGGGCAUUCAAUGCCCUCGUAUCCCCCUCGCUUGACCUCGGAACCACACUGCUCCUCCUACGCUCGCUAGCAGAGUGCGCGUGCGUGCGUGCGUGCGUCUGCUCCGCCGGCCGCCGGAUUGGGUGGUAGAGGUAGAUAGGUAGAGGCGGGAGAGGAGGAGGAUGAACUACCUCAGGAGCCGGAGCCUGAAACGGCUCCUCUCCAUCGGCCGCCGGAGCAACCCUGAUGACGACUGCGUCGUCGAGGCCGAGCCCCCGCCGCCGCCACCGGCGCCGAGCAAGCCCGCAUGGAGGUGCUUCUCCUACGAGGAGGUUGACCAGGCCACCAACGGCUUCCACCCAGACAACGUGGUGGGGCGUGGCGGCUACGGCGAGGUAUACUGCGGGAUCCUGGCGGACGGGCGCGCCGUGGCGGUGAAGCGGCUGGCGGCGGCGCCGGCGGACGAGAAGAAGGAGAAGGACUUUUUGACGGAGCUGGGCACGGUGGGCCACGUGCGCCACCCCAACGUCUCCUCCCUCCUCGGCUGCUGCGUCGACCGCGGCCUCCACCUCGUCUUCGACUUCUCCACCCGCGGCUCCGUCUCCGCCAACCUCCACGACGAGAAGCGGCCGGUGAUGACGUGGAGCCAGCGGCACGGCGUGGCGGUGGGCACCGCGCGGGGGCUCCGGUACCUCCACAAGGGCUGCGCGCGCCGGAUCAUCCACCGGGACAUCAAGGCCUCCAACAUCCUCCUCGACGCCGACUACCAGCCCCAGAUUUCCGACUUCGGGCUCGCACGGUGGCUGCCGUCGGAGUGGACGCACCACGCCAUCGCGCCCAUCGAGGGCACAUUCGGGUGCCUGGCGCCGGAGUACUUCACGCACGGCAUCGUCGACGAGAAGACGGACGUGUUCGCCUUCGGCGUCUUCCUCCUGGAGCUCAUCUCCGGCCGCAAGCCCGUCGACGGCUCCCACAUGAGCCUCCUCGCAUGGGCCAAGCCAUACCUCAAGGACGGCGUGGUGCAAGGCCUGGUGGACCCGCGGCUCGGCGACGCCGGCUACGACGCCGGCCAGCUCCGGCGGCUCAUGUUCGUCGCCUCGCUCUGCGCCAGGUCCGCCGCCGCGUGGCGGCCCACCAUGACCGAGGUGCUGGAGCUGCUGGAGUCGGCGGAGAUAUCGCAGGAACGGUGGCAGAUGCCGGAGGAGGUGGUGGAGGAGGAGUUCUGGGACUUCGACGACCUCACCGACUUCGAGGACGACGACGAUGAGGACAACUACGACGACGAAUCGGAUUCCCCCUCGAUACCUUCGUCAGCAUGCAGCAUCCACGCCAAUGAUUGAUCACACUGGCCCCCAAAUCUUUUUUGCCGCUGUCAGUAGAUCAAGUGUCCUUCUUGUUUUGGCUUAGGAGAUCGGUAUGAAUGAAUAUGAUCCUCUCGAUUAUAUUAGUGUACAUAAACAAGAACCAACUGGUAACUAGUAAGGCAGGAUUAGUGAGUGAUUCGAUCAAGCCCAUGGUUUUCAUUA